ACCUGAUAUGACUGAAUGUGUCUUCUGUGUCCACGCCAGGACAUAAAGAAUGCAGACUUGGCGCUGUACGAGCUCAACAGAGUCAUCACCCUGGAGCCGAACUGGCCCGAGGUUUACGAACAGAGGGCAGAGAUUCUGUCUCCUCUGGGUCGUAUCACUGAGGCUCUGGGGGAUCUGACCAAAGCCAUCCAGCUCCAGCCGUCGGCUCGACUCUACAGACACAGAGGAACGCUGCUCUUCAUUUCAGAGGACUAUGUGGCAGCUAUGGAGGACUUUCAGCAGUCAUUAGAGCUGAAGAAGAACCAGCCAAUCGCUAUGCUGUAUAAAGGUCUUACCUUCUUCCACAGAGGGAUGCUGAAGGAAGCCAUAGAGACGUUCAAGGAGGCGCUGAAGUUGAAGUCUGACUUCAUAGAUGCGUAUAAGAGCCUCGGACAGGCCUACAGAGAACUGGGUGACUUUGAGUCGGCCAUGGAGAGUUUCCAGAAAGCCCUCAUGUUGAACCAGAACCACAUCCAGUCUCUCCAGCUUCGAGGCAUGAUGCUGUACCACCACGGUUCACUGCAGGAGGCCAUCGGGAACUUCAAGAGGUGUCUUCAGCUGGAGCCGUACAACGAGGUGUGUCAGUACAUGAAGGGGUUAAGUCACGUGGCCAUGGGUCAGUUCUACGAAGGCAUCAAAGCUCAGACCAAAGUGAUGUUGAACGAUCCUCUACUGGGACAGAAGGCCAGCUCGGAAUACCUCAAAGUCAAAUACCUCAGAGAAUACUCUCGUUACCUUCACUCUCACCUGGACAUCCCAGUUGCAGAGUACAACGUGGACCAGGACUUACCUGGAAACUUCAAGAACCACUGGGCCAAGAACCUGCCUUUUCUAAUAGAAGACUAUGAAGAACAGCCAGGUCUGCAGCCACACAUCAAGGAUGUGUUACCGCAGAACUUCGACAGCUACAGCAGCGAAGUGCAGAAGCUGAUCUGCACGGCCGACCACCUAGGGGCGCUAAUGCAGUACGACACACCGGGAUUCUUACCCAAUAGGAGAAUACACAGAGCCAUGGGUUUGGCCACGCUGGAGGUGAUGCAGGCCAUGCAUCGGACGUGGAGCAACUCCAAAGUACGAGUCAACGGAAAGACCAGACAAAUGCAGUGGAGAGAUAUGUUCGACAUAGCCGUCAAAUGGAGGAGGAUCGCAGAUCCAGACCAGCCGGUCCUGUGGUUGGACCAGAUGCCUGCACGGAGUCUGAGCCGAGGCUUCAACAAUCACAUCAACCUCAUCAGAGGACAGAUCAUCAACAUCAGAUACCUGGCAUACUUCGACAACAUCCUCGACUUCAUUAAAGACCGAAUACUGGUGUAUCAUGGGGCAUACAACCCCAGAGGACUCUUAGAAGUACGUCAGGCUCUAGAAAACGUAAAUAAAGUAGAAGAUCUACUUCCAAUAAUGAAGCAGUUCAACAGUAAAACCAGAGAUGGCUUCACAGUCAACUCCAAGGUGCCCAGCAUGAAGGAUUCUGGGAAAGAGUACGACGGCUUUACCAUCACCAUCACUGGAGACAGGGUGGGGAACAUGUUAUUCUCGGUGGAAACCCAGACCACAGAGGAGCGAACGCAGCAGUACCAGUCGGAGAUCGAGUCCAUUUACAAAGACCUCACCGUUAAAGGGAAGGCGCUGAUGCUUUCCACAGAACUAGGGGACGCAGAUGCUGUGUGUAACCUCAUCCUCUCCCUGGUUUAUUACUUCUGCAACCUCAUGCCGCUCUCCAGAGGAUCCAGUGUGGUGGCCUACUCUGUGGUGAUGGGGGCGCUGAUGGCCAGUGGGAAAGAAGUCAUCGGUCGGAUUCCUAAAGGAAAGCUGGUCGACUUCGAAGCCAUGACCACACCGAGUCCAGACAGCUUCAGUAAAACGGCCAAGAGCUGGAUGAAUCUGAAGAGUUUACCAGGCUGGUACCAGAGUCUUCCGUCCGUCGCAGAGACCUUCCCGUCGACCAGAACGAUGAUCGAGGUUCUCAACACGGACUCGUCCUCACACUGUCCAAAGAAGUCUUAAUGCAGCUUCUACACAAGUCGUAUCAGAGCUUCGGUAGCGGGCAGAACAAAGGGACCGCCAGCUCCUGAAACCCAAACUAACGCCAACCGCCAAAACGUUCUGACGCUGGAUGGAGACCAGAGACGAGUCUGAUAGAUGUGUACGAGCUUUGGGUUAUGGUCACAUGACUACGCGUGUCAGUGAAUGAUCCCACAAAUAUACACUAUGUGGACAAAAGUAUGUGGACACGUUGAAUUCAGGUGGUUCUUCUCUAACGAAACAAUAACGACUAAUGUCAGAAUAUAGUUUUAUAUUGGGAUAAAUAUCAUUGCAUUGGUUAGU